GCGGCGGAGGCGGGGGGUGCGAAACGGCUGCGGGAGGAGACAUGGCCAACAUUGCGGUGCAGCGAAUCAAGCGAGAGUUCAAGGAGGUGCUGAAGAGCGAGGAGACGAGCAAAAAUCAAAUUAAAGUAGAUCUUGUAGAUGAAAACUUUACAGAAUUAAGAGGAGAAAUAGCGGGACCUCCAGACACACCAUAUGAAGGAGGAAGAUACCAACUAGAGAUAAAAAUACCAGAAACAUAUCCAUUUAAUCCCCCUAAGGUGCGGUUUAUUACUAAAAUUUGGCAUCCUAAUAUUAGUUCUGUCACUGGGGCCAUUUGUUUGGAUAUCCUGAAAGAUCAAUGGGCAGCAGCAAUGACUCUGAGGACAGUUUUGCUGUCAUUACAAGCAUUAUUGGCAGCCGCAGAACCAGAUGAUCCACAAGAUGCAGUAGUAGCAAAUCAGUACAAACAAAAUCCAGAAAUGUUCAAACAGACAGCUCGACUUUGGGCACAUGUGUAUGCUGGAGCACCAGUUUCUAGUCCAGAGUACACCAAAAAAAUAGAAAACCUAUGUGCUAUGGGCUUUGAUAGGAAUGCAGUAAUAGUGGCCUUGUCUUCAAAAUCAUGGGACGUAGAGACUGCAACAGAACUGCUUCUGAGUAACUGAGGCAUAGAGAGAAAGCUGCUGCUGUAGUCCAGUUUGCCCCCUUCUUGAGGAGCAUCACCAUCUGUUAUUUUUAGAAUUCUGCAUAGAUUGUUUUAAAACUGGCAUUCUUGCCUAAUUAUUACCUAGGCAUGAUUGAAGACUGAAAAAAAAAACAAAAAACCCUGCUCUGUAAAUAAAGCUAAUUAAACGUCUGUGUAAAUUUAAAAAGGGGAAAUACUUUAAUUUUUUUUUCUUACUGAAUAGUGUAAAAAUUCUUUGAGCUCAGCUAAGACUAUGGAAAAACAAAACAUGCUACUUUAGCAUUUAGUGGUGUGACCAAGACUAGCAAGAGUUUGCUUCAGGAUUUUGUUGAAUAAUUAUUUAAGUAAUAUUUUGAACUUAGUAAGGCCAUCCAAAUUGUUGAUGUCAUUCAUCACAGCUACCUUCAUGUUUUUAACCUUGAUCUUCUGUGCCUGUGAAUUUACUUGCAUGCGUGUACUUUACUAGACCUCUUAGAACCUGGUAGCUGAAGAGAGCACCAUUUUAAAUAUUUGUGUGCUUAGAAAAUUAAAGACUUACCCAAAGUUGAAAAUGGUGACCUAUUCAGAACCUUUUCCAUCCCUGUCAUUGGAUUGGGACACCACACGUACUUUCUCUUCAUUUUACGUAUCUAAAUUCUAAUGGUAAAUUUAUUUUUCCCUUGUUUCUGGUUGAGAAUGUGCCAUUUAUAGUUGCUUAUGUUCCAUUUUCAGAUGAUAUAUUUGGAAUAUUUUGUCAUUAUACUUUAAAUACAGUCUUGGGACUUUCAUGUAUUAGAGGUGGUGCAAAGAUGGGGCUACUGAUUUUGUUUCUUCUUAGACCAGUAUAUUCUUAAUGUUGUGAUUUUCCUGUAAUUAUGGGAAGAACAUAACUUAAUUUUCGCUGUUUGGACACUCUUUAAAAACUGUCUCAGCAGUUGAAGGUUUUUUUUGAGUACUUGCUUUGAUGCAAUCAACAGUUUGCAACAGUUUUCUAUUAUUUUGGGCUUCAUUGUAGGGAUUGCUUAUCAGGUACUUAAAAUUUCACUUCUGCUUACAUUUUCCCCUUGUUGACACAUGGAAGCUGUGUUAAUGUUUUCCUGUACAUACUUCAAAUGCACAUAGAAAGAAAUAGAAGUGUGUUAUAAAUCUAGCUUUCUUUAUGAUGUUUCUGAUAAUACAAGAAUUGAAAAAUCUUACUUUCUUGUGUACAUACAGUCAGACUUUCUAUUCGUAUUAAAAUGACAUUUCAUCCUGAAUUCAAAAGUUUGAAAAUUAUUAGUUUUGCAAAUUCAGAUAUCAGUGUGACCAUUUAUUGAAUGUUGAAUUAACUUUAUGCAAAUAGGCAUAUACUUCAGAUACUAACUAUUGUAUGAAAUUUUUAGGUCAGUUGAAGAAAGUAAAGUUGGCAGACUGGAUUAGAUUACAAAGCUUCCAUUCCCCAACAGGUUAUUAAUCUAAACCAUAACAGUUUUUAAAAGAUGCAGACAUAAUUCUUUUUGAACCAUGAGUUUGGUGUUACUUCAUAUUUGACUUUUUUGUAUUCUUGAUACUAGAAGCAAUAAGAACCAUUAUUAAAUAUAUUAAAAGGUUAGAAUAAGAAAUUAAAGAGAACCUAGUUCUUCCAAAAAUUUCCUAAUCAACAGUAAACUCUUAGUUCAUCAUACUAAACACAAGUCUCUGUUUUUUCUAUACUGUUUGCUUAAGCAUGAGGUUUUUCCUACACAAUCACCUUUUAUUGUUUGUUGUAGCCCAGUUUAUUUUCUGAUGAUGCCAAAGGAAAUUAUCUUUUCUCUUUAUUUAUUUUAAACAAUUAAGGACUUUUAAUUUGUAUUUUGAGGUAUUAGAGUAGUAUGGAAUUAUGGAUGUUUUCCCCUCAUUUCCUCUUGGUCAAAUCUCAGUUUGCUUUUUUGUUAUACAACCUUAGUCAUAGGAUUAUGUGGUGAGCAUUCUUUUUUUUUUUUUUUUAACUAAAAUACAUCUGCCCAGUUUACCAUUUCUAAAUAUUGCUAGGAUACAAAAAUUGUCAAUAAAGAGAGAACUGGGAGAUUGUUAAAGAACAAGAAUUACAUGCCUUCGUUUUUUGAAGACAGAUGAAUCUUGCCUUUGAUUAGAUGCUUUAGCCUCAAAUGGGUCCCAUUCAGUAAGUACACGUCAGAUACUAUGUAGCUCAAAGCUCCCUAGGGAAUCUGAAAAUGUGAUCAUGCUUGACACUGAGGAGCUUUUCCACAAGGGAGUCCUCAAUUUAAUUUACCUUAUACUUACACUGCAGAAGUCCCUCUUUACUCUUCCCUCAUAGUUUCUUUUUGUUGUGUAUUAUAUAUAUGUCUAUAUAGAUAUAAAAUGUAUUUCUUCCUUAUUGCUAAAUUUAAUAACUGACAAAAUUGCCUUGUUCUCUCUUUAAAAAACAAAAACCUGGAACAAGGGCACUUUUAAAGAAUGCAGAUUUGGGAACAAAGAGACGCCCUGGUAGAAGAUAGAUUCCUAAUUGCAUUUUUGGGUUGUUUAGUAUUUUUAAAGGUUUACAAAACAUAAACACAAAAUACAAAUCUAUUUGGAGCAGAUAGAGUUACUAGGGAAAGCUGACAUUCCAACCAAAUAGGUUUUAUUAUUGUUAAGUACAAAUUUUGUGGAACAUGCCUGACUUUUAGUAGAAUGGUGAAUUGUACAGUAUUCAUUCACUUCAUUUUUUUUUUAAUGACUGGAAAAUAAUUUGUGACAGAAGAAUUAGUGCAGUAUGUAAAUAUUUAAAAGAAUCUGGUACUAAAUUAGCUGCUGAGAGUUGACUCCCAAAGAUGCUUAUCGUUGUGAAUAUAAGUUCACUUAAACAAAUGCAACUUAUAAGAAUAGAUGAACUUCAGUAUAGUUGGCUAGGGAGUCCCUUGGUAUUUUGCUUUUGUGAUUAAAAACUUUGAAUCUAAAAUAAGAUUGAUUUUGAAGCAUGUCAUAUUGGCAGUUAAUGUAGUUGUUGGCUAUACUUAAAAACUAUGCAAAGUUCUUUUAAAAAGAAACUGUGAAGAGCUGGCAUUUAAAAGGGAAGUGGUUUUGUUUAUGCACUACAGAACGCAGCACUCUAGCGGAUGAAAGACAUUUGCUGCUUAAUGUGAAAAGCAAGCCUUUGCUGUCAGUGUGUACCUGAUAUAGGGCUUUUAAAAAUGCAAUGGGGAAUUGACACUAUUCCUGGAGAAGUAGAUAACACCUCUUUUGGCGGGUAAAGCACAGGAACUGAAUAUAGUCCUUCUCUUUAAAUAAAGAUGAAUUAGACCGGAUAAAUUAGAUCCAGGUAUACCUUCUUUGUGUAUAUUGGCUAAAUAGGUGGUGGCAAUGUUUUAAAAGUGCAAAAGGAUGCCAUUUGCUCACAGUUGAUUUUAAAUUCAUGGAAUUCCUGUGAAAAUGUUUAGUCUUAAUAGCUCUUUCUAGUUUUAGGAAUUUCAAUAUUGGUGUACAAAAUAACUUAAUUUAAAAUUUUUACCUUUUCAGGUUUUUAGCAUUAAUUUAAAAUAAAUGCUUAAUGUCAGGCAAUGACUUUCUGGGGAAGAAGGCAACCUGAAGUAUGUACUGAUAUAUAGCCUCUUUUUUUCAGGUAUGAUUUUUCUGUGAUGUCUACGUGGUACCACAUGAUGAUACUUUGAGAAUUACAAAAUGGAUCAGAAACCUUAAAAAUUAAUAGCUCAUUUUCCCCAUUUUUAUUUUUUAUUACUUUGAUCUGAUCUACCAUUACAAAUCAUCAGCUUAAAUGUCAGUUGUUGAUGUGUUCCCUCUUGCUUGGUUAAUUCACUCAUGCUAUUCUACAUAAUCAAGGUUGGCACUAGUUUGCUGAUUGGUUCCAGGGGAUAAAUGGAUACAAAUCAUUGCACUGUACUAUUAUCCUUGUCUGCUUGCUGUUACCUACCUUUUCUAGGCAUCAUAAUAAAAACUAGACAAUU